AUGUUCUUUUUGAGGCACCCGAGAGACAAGUAUGAAGAGGAGUUUCUGGGACCCAUUUUCCUUCACUUUAAUGGGAAAAACUAUUACAGGAGAGACAUGAUUAUUAAUAACCGACGAGGGGAAAAGCUCAAAUGCUGUUUCUUUACACCUUUCAACUACAAUGAAAAUACCCCUUGUGUUAUUUACACUCAUUCGAGUUGUAGCUGCCAGCUGGAGGCCCUAGACAUCCUUCACAUUCUGCUCAUAUGUGAGUGCUCCAUUUUUUCCUAUGACUGCUCUGGGUGUGGGUUGUCCGACGGCUACUUUUCGACCAGUGGCUGGAAUGAAUCGCAGGACCUGUUUUUGAUUCUGCACCAUCUGAGGAAUGUAGAGCACGUGAAGAACUUCGCCCUUUGGGGGAAGUACUCCGGCGCAGUCAGCUCCAUCAUUGCGGCGUCUCUGGACGCCAACAUUAAGUUGCUGAUCGUGGACUCCCCCUACGUGUCCCUGACGGAGCUGUACAAGACGACCUUCCACCUGAGCGCCAAGGGAAAGGCAGAAAUCAUUUUCAAAAAUAUUUGCCUCUACCUAGCAAAGAGGAAAAUCAAAAAGAAGUUCCACUACGACAUCGAAAACAUAUGCCCCAUUUUCUUCAUCGAAGAUGUGACCAUCCCCACAAUUUACCUCAUCUCAAAAAAUGAUAAAAUUGUUCACCCAGCCCAUACCCUAUACCUAGCAUACAAGCAGAAGAGUCAGCAGAAAAUCAUUUUCACUUGCGAAAAGGCAGCCCAUGCGUAUGAAUCAUUUUCAUAUGACAAUAAAUUAACGGCAGCCAUUCGGACGGUCUUAUUUGGAGCAGACGAGGAUGAAAUCCAAAAUGCCUUCAGCUUGUCUACCUACAUGAGGGUGUUUAAUGGCCUCAUGGAGAAAUACGCUCACGAGUUUUGCUUUAUAGAUUCUUUAAUUAGGAAAAAGUUGGGCAAGAAAAAUAAAAUUAUUGACAAGGUUAAGCGGUUCAUUUGCUUCAAGUACCAGUCGAAGGCUUCCCUCACUUCUUCCAGCUGCUUCAACCAGUCCACCAUCGAUUCCAUCCGUGACGCGAGCACCACAGGCGAAAAUGACUACAUGCAGUACGAGCCAUCCAAGAAUAGCCCAUGUUGGAAAAACAACAGUUUAGCAGCUGAGCAGGACGAACGAGACCAUCACGGGCUGAGCGAAGAACAGGACUCACGUGAGGACCACGCACUGACGGACGAAUAUGAAUACCCAUUUCACGACGUUCCCGAUUUGAUGGGUGGCCAGGAUGCAACUGAGAACCUGCUGGAUGCACCUCCCCUCAAAGGAUACGAUGCGAAUAGGGUACACCUGUUCAAACCAACAUUCCACCCAGCUGAGCAAUCGGGGCAAAGGCGCUUUAACUUAAUGCACAUGCAGAGCGCGCGCAGUUCCCUCAAGUCGAAAAGGAACACCUACAAGAAGUCCCUAACGUGGGACACCAAGUUGCAGAGCGCGGUCACGUAUUCCAAGGAGGACUGCCCCUUCGAGCUGCUAAAAAGUUAGCCCUUUCUCCUCUUCAGCUUUGUGCCAUUAUUAAUGUUUUAGUUUUGCCACAGCCGGGCAAGCGCACAAACGCGCGUGCAUGUCUACAGCUGUCCUUAAAGCGGAGGUGGCUGUAUUUUUUUUGCGUCUCCUCUUUUUUCCUUUUCUCCUUUCCUCCUUUUCUUUUUUUUGUUCCGACGACCACGCAUCUCUCAUCGGUGUGGUCUCUGCCGCCCACUCAACGGAAACUGCCCCCUCCAAGCUUGUGGAGGUUCUUUUAUUAAAACAUAUACCAACACGC